AUGGAACACAAUGACCACGACCAUCCAAAUGGCGUGAUCAUUCUGCGUGUUUAUAUUCACUGUGAUGGCUGUGGAGAUGAAGUAUUCAAAUGUCUUCGUGGAUACCAAGGUGUUGAGGGGGUUGAGAUUGAUGCAAAGAAUCAUAAAGUGAUCAUCAAGGGAGAAAAGGCCGAUCCCAUCAAAUUAGCUCAGAGAUUAAGGAAGAAAACUGGAAAGCACGUGGAACUCAUUCAUCCUAAGCUUCCCAAACAGGACAAGGAGAAGAAAAAAAUGGAGGAGCCUCAUGAGAAGACCAUUGAGGUUGUUUUGAAAAUCAACAUGCAUUGCGAAGGCUGCGCAAAACAGGUCAAAUGCUGCAUCUACGACAUGGAAGGGGUGGAAAGAGUUGAUGUUGAUGUGGAGAAGAAUGUGGUGAAAGUGAAGGGAAACAUGGAUCCUCAUAAACUUGUGGAGUUUAUCAGCAACAGAGGUGGAAGAAGUGCAGAAAUUGUGCAACCUGAUUUAACUAAAGCCAAAGGAGAGGGAGUGGACUGCUCUUGCAAUUGCUAUGCUUCACAACAAGCUGUGUAUGCCCCCCAGAUUUUCAGUGAUGAGAAUCCCAAUGCUUGCUCUGUCAUGUGA